CUCAAAAUCCUCCAAAAUCAAUCAAUCAAAGAAAAAGCAUCAACCAUUGUUGAAUCUCUGAGCUCACUCAGCCAUGGGGAACAUCUUCUGCUGCUGCUGCCGCAUCAGAGACGGUGGAAAAAAGCACAAAGUCCCCGCGACGACGCGGACUCCUUACAUCGAGUACCAGAAGCCCGCCACGAUCCUCAACGAAGUUAAUCUGAGGAAGGAGACUCUGACGCUCCAGCCCGACCCGGAGAACCCGGGUCAACUCCUCGUAUCCUUCUCGUUCGAUGCAACCGUCCCCGGAAGGAUCACACUCGUGUUCUUUGCGGAAGAAGACUCAGAGUUCAAUCUCACAGCAACGAAGGGAGACACUUUACCAUUAAUCACUUUUGAUUUCGAGAAGGAAGGACUUGGCCACAAGUACGUACAGCCGUCUGGAACUGGUGUGGACUUGUCGUUAUUAGAAGACUCCGAGCUGUUCAAGGAGGAUGUUGGAACUUGCAUCUAUCCGCUGGCGGUUAAGAUGGAGGCAGCAGCAGCUCCAGAAGAAGGAAAGUCUACGAAUGCUCAGAUUACUCAAGUGACGUUUGUGAAGGAGAAAGGUGAGGUUAAGAUAAGAGUGGUGAAGCAGUUGCUAUGGGUGAAUGGGGCCAGAUAUGAGCUGCAGGAUAUCUAUGGAACUGACCAGGGAAAAGAAUGCGUUGUGUGCUUGUCUGAACUGCGCGAUACGAUUGUUCUUCCUUGCAGACACAUGUGUAUGUGUAGCGGAUGUGCUAAGGCGUUAAGGUUUCAGAAAAAUGAGUGUCCAGUUUGCAGACAACCUGCAGAGAGGCUUAUGGAGCUCGAGGGAAACGGUUACUGCGAUGGAGAUAAACAUAUUUAGUUAAGCAACCAACUUUGUUUAAUAUAAUAGCUGUAUUUGAUUUGUAAUAAUAUUGAAUGUUAUAAUCGUAAUAUUAUGUUUACCCAAUC